AUUUAUUUUUGCUCGAGCAUAAAUUUGUUACGUAUAUUAAGAUUAUAUUAAAGGUACGCUUUAUUAUCUGCAUUGUAUAAUAUUAUAUGCUAUAAAUUAGUAAGAUACACAGAGUAUAGAACAGAAUCAUAAAUAUUUAAUGCGAAACAAAGCGAAGCAACUACUCACGUAAAUAAAAAAAUAUAUCUCAUUAAUCGACUAACAUCUUGUUUGUAUCAACACCGGAGUUUCCUAUUGUCAUUUCUUCUCGGUGAUCUCGAAAUUAAUGUUGUUAUCGUGUCGCAGACAUGCAUAUGCUCGACAAGGAAGUAAAAGAUGAAAUUUUGCACAGUGAACAGAAUGCUGAUUUACGCGGAGGCUGCUGGAGCAGAUCCAGAUACUCGGUGUUCUUUACCAUAAAUGCGAUGGGUCUGUUGAAGGUGUAUGACAUUCUAACCGGCCUGGGCUCGCCAGUGACCACGUUUCGUGUCUGCAACGAGUGUCUCACGGCCAUCGCGCCUCACGAGAACGGUCAGCUCUUGGCAGUCGGUAGUCAUGACGGCAACAUAUAUCUGGUGGAAUGCUCCGAAGGGCAUGUAGUCAAUACCAAAACCGAUAAAGCGAAUCUUAUUGCUUAUCUUGAAAGGUGUAGUCAUUUUGAGAAGACCGUCGACGCACGAUUGAAGGAAAUACGCUUGAUGCAAGCCAGCGAGGAUUUUGCAACGGACCACUCGGCAUUCGUAUCAAAGGAACACAAGAACACAGAAAACAAUAAGGAGAGAAAUAAGGACAGGACGCAAGUUAAAGAAAAGGACGAGGACUCCAAGAAAAAAUUUCGAACAAGGAGAUUGGAAAAAGACGACAAGUCAUUCUUCGAAGAACUCGCGGAAUCAGAAGCGGCAUUUUUUCAAACAGUAAAAAAGGUAAAAAAGAACUUAAGUAGCUAAGAAGAAAGAAAGAAACACUUUCCGCAGGCACAAGAUUUUCUCUCAUGCUAUUUAGAAUGCGUCUCUUUGCGUUUUCCUUGAAGAAUUAAUGAGGGCUAUUAUAAAUUAGCAUUUUCAUAAUUUUUAUAAUGAUAGUAGAAUAACACGUUUUUUUACUCUUUUGCUUUAAGAUUGUUUUAUCACAACAU